CCGCGAUCUCUACCCAGUAGGUUGAAGAACACGGCGACGAAAUGAUCUCAACGUGGUUUGUGAUGCUCACUGCUAGCGUCUUCUCGGCAAUGGCUGUCCAUGGGAAAGUACCGACGAUAGUGACAAGGGCUGAAUGGAAUGCCAGAGCUCCGAGUGGUCCCAUGGACGGAAUGGAGACUCCCCUGCCGCGGGCUGUAAUUGCACACACGGCUGGCGGUGGCUGUACGGAUGAUGUGAGCUGUGCCCAGCAGGUGCGCAACCUUCAGAGUUUUCAGAUGACCAGGCUAAAGUUCUCCGAUAUCGGCUACCACUAUCUGAUCGGCGGCAAUGGAAAGGUGUACGAGGGCAGGAGUCCCAGCCAGAGGGGAGCAUUUGCUGGCCCCAACAACGAAGGUUCCCUGGGCAUCGCUUUUAUUGGAAACUUCGAGGAGCAGGCACCCAAACAGGAAGCCAUCGAGGCGGCUAAGAAACUACUGGAACAGGCCGUGCAACAGGCCCAGUUAAUCGAGAGCUACAAGCUGCUUGGCCAUCGUCAAGUGAGCGCCACCAAGAGUCCUGGAGAUGCCCUAUAUGCUCUCCUACAGCAGUGGCCACAAUGGUCUCCCGAGAUCUAAUAGUGACUAAGCUUUCGACACGUAAAGAACUUUCCUUACACAUUUAUUUGUAAAUAUAAUUAUGUAUAAUUUGUUGCUUGCUUAAAUACGAAUACUAAAAUUUUAA